UACUUGAACAACAUAGCAUGAAUAGUUUCUUACCCCGAAAUUAUCGAAAGCAGCGCUCUCUAUCUUUCUUUUUCUGAACGUGCGUUUAUUUGAUUCCACGUUUUUUUGAAUUUUUGGUAAACAAUGGUUCAACGAUUAACGCUCAGACGACGAUUGUCGUACAACACAAAAUCCAACAAGCGACGAAUUGUUCGUACUCCAGGAGGGCGUCUCGUAUAUCUUUAUAUAAAGAAAAAGCGUAGUGUCCCAAGAUGUGCUGUCACAAAAGAGAAGCUUCAUGGAAUUACACCUUCAAGACCCAGCGAACGUCCUCGUAUGUCAAAACGUUUGAAGACCGUUAGACGUGCUUAUGGUGGUGUUCUCAGUCACAAGGCUCUCCGUGAACGUAUCAUUCGUGCUUUCCUUAUUGAUGAACAGAAGGUAGUAAAGGUAUUGAAGGCUGCCCAAGCUUCAACUGUUAAAGUAUUGAAGCCAAAAGUACAACAAAAAGCCCCAGUAAAGCCAACACCAGCAGCAGCUCCAAAAGCAGGAAAAGGUGAUAAGGCACAAAAAACUGAUAAGAAGGGAGACAAGAAAACAGGAGACAAAAAGCCAGUCGAUAAGAAACCCGCUGGAAUUGCAGGCCCAAAGAAGGCUAAGAAGUAAAAUUCCAAUAAACUUUUUGUCAUAAGAUUUAAUGAUCCAUCUGAGCUGAAAUAAUAAUAAAAUGCUAAGAACUUUAAAUUCUUAAAUU